AUGAAAACAAUUGGUUUUUCUAUUGAUAAAUUACCUGAAGAAUUUCGCGAUGUUAUACCAGAAUAUAUAUUUCAAUCAAGAAAAUUAAUAUCUAUUGUUCAUAAUAUUGCUGAUAUUGCAUUGGAAUUAAAUGAAAAUACAUUUGAUAGAAAUUAUACAAAUGAUAAUGCUUUAUAUGGUUUAAGAUUAACUCGUUAUUUACCAAAUAAAAAUGAUCAAGAAUUAGCAUUUGGAGAACAUCAAGAUUAUCUUGGUUUUACAUUAUUACAAAAUGAUAAUGUACCAGGAUUAGAAGUAAAUAUGAAUGGAAAAUGGUUUCGUGUUGAUCCUAAAGCAAAUAGUUUAUUAUUAAUUGGUGGUGAAUUUAUUGAAAAAUGGACAAAUAAUUAUUGGAUAUCUAUUAAACAUCGUGUUGCAAGAAUAGAACAAUUAAGAUAUUCUAUUGUAUUCCUUAGUGGACUAGAUUUAAAUACUCGCAUUGAAACAUUACCAUGUAAAAGUUGUACAUUAACAAAAUCAAAAUAUUUUACAAUUACGGUACAUGAACAUUUAAAACAAAAACAAAUGGCUACUCUACAUUAUUAA